AUGGCUGCCCCUCCUCCAAGUUACUGUUUCGUGGCCUUCCCACCGCGUGCUAAGGAUGGGCUGGUGGUGUUUGGGAAAAAUUCGGCUCGGCCCAGGGAUGAAGUUCAGGAGGUCUUGUAUUUCUCAGCUGCUGAUCAUGAACCUGAGAGCAAGGUUGAGUGCACUUACAUUUCAAUCGACCAAGUCCCCAGGACCCAUGCCAUUGUGAUAAGCAGGCCUGCCUGGCUUUGGGGGGCAGAAAUGGGAGCCAACGAGCACGGAGUGUGCAUAGCCAAUGAAGCCAUGAAUGCCAGAGAACCAGCCGCGGAGACGGAAGCCUUACUGGGGAUGGAUCUGGUCAGGCUUGGUUUAGAAAGAGGAGCGACAGCUAAAGAAGCCUUAGAUGUCAUCGUUGCCUUGUUGCAAGAACACGGGCAAGGUGGGAAUUACUAUGAAGACGCAGACUCCUGCCACAGCUUCCAAAGUGCGUAUCUGAUCGUGGAUCGUGAGGAGGCCUGGGUGCUGGAGACCGUGGGGAAGUACUGGGCGGCCGAGCAGAUCACAGAGGGAGUGAAGUGCAUUUGCAAUCAGCUUUCACUCACCACUAAGAUCGAUGCGGAACACCCUGAACUCAGGAGUUAUGCUCAGAGUCAAGGCUGGUGGACGGCAGAGGAUGAGUUCAAUUUUUCUGAAGUUUUUUCUUCAGCUGAUGACCAUCUAGACUGCUGUGCAGGCAAAGACAGCAUGGACCAGAAAGAAGAAAGCAUCACUGUGCAGACUAUGAUUGACAUCUUACGGGACAAAGCCAGUGGAGUCUGUGUAGACUCCGAGUCUUUCCUUACUACAGCCAGUGUAGUGUCUGUUCUGCCUCAGAACAGAAGCUCGCCAUGCAUUCACUACUUCACUGGGACCCCAGAUCCUUCCAGGUCCAUAUUCAAGCCUUUCAUCUUUGUUGAUGAUGUAAAACUUGUCCCCAAAGCACAGUCUCCUUGUUUUGGGGACAACGACCCUGCCAAGAAGGAGCCUCGGUUCCUGGAGAAGCCAGACCGCCGGCAUGAGCUGUACAAGGCCCACGAGUGGGCACGUGCUGUCAUUGAAAGCGACCAGGAGCAGGGUCGCCAGCUGAGAAAGACCAUGCUGGAACUAGAGAAGCAAGGCCUGGAGGCCAUGGAAGAAAUCCUGACCAGCUCUGACCCCCUGGACCCCACCGAAGUGGGGGAUCUUUUCUAUGACUGUGUUGACACGGAGAUUAAGUUCUUUAAGUGAAGUAAGCAUUCCCUUUCCCCUUCUUAUUUAAACGUUCCCACCUUACUAAAUUACCAGCAAAACAAACCACUCUCCUGUGUGAGUAAAAUGAGAAAGUUCAGAUGUGUUAAAGUCACACUCUUGUGUUCUGCCUUGAAGCUCAACA